AUGUCAACGAAUGGGAAGCGAAAUGCUUCGGAUUCCCCCACGGAACCAUCCGAGAAUGCCAAACUAGACAUCCUCAAACAACAGUUCCCGAAUACCGACGAGCGCGCCGAGUUCAUCGCGGCCAAAUUCUCCAAACUUCUUGGCGACGAAACCGUGUUCCCGAAGAUUCUUGAUCAGGCCCGCAUCGACCGAAAACACCAGGUCGUCAACGGAACAGGUGACAUUUCCGAAUACUGGUUCAACUAUACUGUGGACUUUACAGCUUGGUUCAGAGCUAUGGAGCUUGUCAAGUCAGGAAAAAGAGAGUUUUUCCCCUGGCGAAGCGUCCCGUCAUUAAAGCCCAAGGGUCCCGGCGAUAGGGUUGUAUGGUUUCCGAGGUUCAAGGAAACCCAGGCCAUGCUCGCCAAUCUGUCAUCUCGUGAGCGUCUGGAGAAUGGGCUUGUCUUAAUGAAGGAAGAGCCGCAGAUGAAGCGGACUUGUCCUAGCAUGACCUCGACCGAACUCCGACAGGCCAUUUGGGACGACGUCUUUCCAGGGCAACCUUGCGCCAACAAUCGGCCGUUCGAGUUCGCCGUGCCCAAUAAUGUCGAUGUCGGAGUACCAAUGUAUGGGGAUGUGUCUGAAUAUCUCCAGCAGCUCCCACCUGGCAUAAGAAUGGCCAUUGUUUCUGCCGAGAAUCUCAAGGGAACAGUCGUCAAAGGCCUUGUCUUCGGCUACCAAGAGGAUACCGUCGAUAGCCCCUGGAACAGAAUACUCCUUGCCGCGGUCUACAGCACCGCAUUCCAGUGGGCUCGAGAGGCAUUCAUGACCAAGAAAAGAAGAUUCUCGAUCGCUCAUGGUAACAUCGGACCCAGCGAGCGAAUGAAGCAGCUUAGCCUUGACAAGUCUCUGGUCGCCGAGUGCGAUGCGCAACUUGCCCUCGGACCCUAUCGUAACCAGGAGGAGCACGCCGUCUUCCGCGUGUCGGCGUGGUUGGAGAAGGAGAAGCUGCUGCCCGCCGAUGAGCGUUGCAGAAUGCUGCGUGGCUGCCUGACUCCGGUCGACAUGCGUAUGGCCUGUCGUCGUGCUUGGGAAGACAAAAUCGAAGAGUGGGCUAGGGCGGACUCGCCUCUUCAAUUGUCCUGGGAUGAGGAGAAGAAGUUCGCCGCCGAUAUCGCCAAGUAA